AGACGACACUUACAACUUAACUUCGCUGUCAACAAAAGAAUAAAACACAUGUACAAUUUAUGCACGGCCAAAAGAAAAUUCUAGAUCCCCUAAGAAGAAAACAGAAGAUGCUGAAAAUGUACAGUCGAAAUUUUGGCGUAUGUUGUUGGGGGUGCGCGGUGCGUGCAUGAGGGUUGGGAGGGGAGGUGAGAUAGUCACAGCCGCUAGCAGCUUGCGUCGCUUCAAGAAGGUUACUCACUGUCUCUUCGACCUCGACGGGACUGUUCUCGAUUCCGAAGUGAUGUACCACAAGAUGGUUCAACAGAUUUGCGAGAAGUACCGACGAGUGUAUACGAAGGAGAUGCAAAUAAGGAUGUACGGCGUUACGGACCGCGAGAUCUGCGUGACGGUGGUGAGGGAGUUGCGGCUGCCGAUCUCAGCGGACGAGUUCGAGACGCAGCUCGAGUCCAUGGCGCAGAGCAUGCUGCCCAGUGCACCGCUGUUGAAGGGUGCAGAGCGUCUGCUGACGCACCUGUACGACUACAGCAUUCCAUUAGCACUGGCGACUAACUCCACGGAGCAGGCGGUGCGUCUUCACGCAUGCGCCAGACCGCAGCUCUUCGGCAUGUUCCACCAUAAGGUGAGCAUAACAGACCCCGAGGUGGACCGCGGCAAGCCGAAUCCUGACAUCUAUCUCGUAGCAGCGGCGCGCUUCCCCGACAAACCCAAGCCAAUACAGUGUCUCGUGUUUGAAGAUUCGGCGGUGGGCGUGGAGGCGGCGAAAGAGGCUGGCAUGCAGGUGGUAAUGGUCCCGGACCCUCGUCUCACCCGUGAACACACGCGACAUGCGACGUUGGUGCUUCGCUCUCUGCUGGAGUUCCGUCCGGAAUUAUUUGGUUUGCCGCCGUUCCAUGAUGACCCCGCCAACACUGAUGGACGUCCGCGACCAUAGACGUUUAUAGCCUAGAAGAGCUGUAGACUAGAUACCAGAUGGUUAAUAGAUACUUCCUACCUUAGAUUAAACAUGCGCGUACGCAUGCGUUGCUAUAAACUAAUUAUUUUGAAUUUAGAAUAGUCGACGCGGCUU